AUGUCCGAACGCCAGUGCUCCCGCUCCCCCGCCACCAACCUCUUCGAGGCUCUCAUGAGCGUCGAAGACUCCGACCUCGAGGACGCUCCCGAGAGCGUCGUCCUCAGCAAGAGCCAGAAGAAGCGCAUGAAGCGCAAGCAGAAGAUGGCGGAGAACAUGAGCGCGGGAUCGGAGGGCGGUGAUAAGGAGAAGGCCAGCAACCACGAGAAGGCGUCUGUCCCCGAGAUCGAGUCUGUCCCUGGUCCCGCCGACGAGGAGUCUGUUCCCGAGAUCGACGAGUCGCUCCAACGGCCCGCGAAUGAGGACGAGCAAGAGCCCGUCAACAACGACACCGCCAUCGCCUCCCCCAUAAUGGAGGGCGAGGACGAGAUGCGCACCCACCCCGAUCCCAAGAUGGAUCAACUCCUCAAAGACGCCCACCUCGACUCCGGUGCCCGGCUCGAAGCCUACCUCGCGGAGAGGAACCACUUGCUCGACCCAGAGCUCUUCCACGAGCGAGUGUUCGACGAAGAGGAAUUCCCCAUCGAAUACUCCCGCACUCCCUGCGCCUGGGUCUACGACCGCGAGCGUGUCACUUCUGCUGCUCUGUCGACCUUUGAGAAGAACUUCCUCGUCUACGGCCUCGUCUUCGCUUUCCUCGUCUCGCUGCUGCCGUUUGUGUUGGGGGUGGAGUGGGAUGUUCUGGGUCUAUAUGCUGCUGUGGGGGUCUGGGUCAGCUGGGUGCUGCUGUUGUGUGUGGCGGACUGGACGGGUUGGGAGUGCUUUCAGGGAGGGGUUGUGGAGGGAUGGAGAGGGGUGUAUCAGAUGGGAGAUGGGAGAGCCAUGGAAGCAAAUUGA